GUUACACACGGCGCUGCAAUGUGCACUCACGAUUCAAAACUGGGAAUGAUGAGAAUGUGCAAGAAAACACAGACGGGCGUUUGAGGAAAUUCUUUGCUAUGGACGACGCGCUGGUGCUGAAGAAACGAGGCUACACGCUGGGCAUCAGUUUAGGAGAAGGGUCCUAUGCCAAGGUCAAAUCCGCCUACUCCGACCGCCUCAAGACCAACGUCGCGGUCAAGAUCAUCAACAGGAGGAAAGCGCCCGCAGACUUCUUGGAAAAGUUCCUGCCCCGGGAAAUGGAGAUCCUGGCCGUGCUCAACCACCGAAACGUCGUGAAGACCUUCGAGAUAUUCGAGACCUCCGAUGGGAAGGUCUACAUGAUCAUGGAGCUUGGCGUUCAGGGGGACCUCCUGGAGUUCAUCAAGUUCAGAGGUGCCCUGCCGGAGGACUUCUGCCGAAAACUCUUCCGCCAGUUAGCGCUGGCGAUCAAAUACAUCCACGACCUGGACAUAGUGCACAGGGACCUGAAAUGCGAGAAUCUGCUCCUGGACAAAGACUUUAACAUCAAGGUGUCGGAUUUCGGCUUCUGCCGGAGGUGUCACCUCGAGGAUGCCAACAUUGUUCUCAGUAAAACCUUCUGCGGGUCGGCUGCUUACGCGGCUCCGGAGGUGUUGCAAGGCAUUCCGUACAACCCCAAAGUGUAUGACAUCUGGAGCAUGGGGGUAGUGCUGUACAUCAUGCUCUGCGGGUCCAUGCCGUACGAUGAUUCAAACAUUAAGAAGAUGCUUAAAAUUCAGAAGGAGCACCGAGUGGACUUCCCCAGGACUAAAAACCUGGCGCCGGAGUGCAAAGACCUCAUCUAUCGCAUGCUGAACCCCGAGGUCUCCAGGCGCAUCGAAAUAGACGAGAUCCUGGACCACGCUUGGCUGAGGGGGCCGAGGCCUAAAACGCAGGAGGCGGCUCGGAAACAAGCCGACGGCCCUUCCACUUCGAGGGGCUACUCGAGAAACGGAGCCAGGGGCGAAAGCAGGGCGGAAAACCCGAGCCUCGGCAAAAAGGAAGCGGAGCCCGACGCGCCGGAGGACGCGGGCGCGGAGUGCGAGGCAGACGCGCCAGGGAAGAGGGCUUGCAAAGCCCCGAGAGACGCGACUGACCCCGAGCCACCGCCAUGCCACCGGAGGAAGUCCUCCGCCCACGCCAAGCAAACUGCCCACAUGCACAACGAGGAGCACCAUCGAUAAAGCGAUUAAAACAAAGCAGAUGAUUAUGUUCUCAAGUA